UUUUUUUAACCUAAACUAGUUUUUUUUGUUUCCACUGUAACAUAUCAUCUCUUACUGCCUGGUGAAGCUGGCACCCUGACAUUUCCUAUUAUUGUCUGUAGUAAUCCUUGACCAGUUGGCCUGUCUACAGUAAAGUUUGGGUAGGAAUAAAUGAUGUAAUUGGUUAAAAUUAGCCUUGAUACCCAAAAUGUACUUAAUGGAGAAUUUAAACUUGGUUCAAUUAAGAUGGCUGAAUUAGCAGUUUAAUAAUGCAACAUAGCAUGAAUUUUUCAUUUUAAAAUUUAAAAGUGUGUUCUACUGAUAAAUAACUGGGAAAUAAUUCAUUAAAAUGUUGCAUGCAUAUUUGGAACUGCCUUUCUGACUUGUUUCUUGUUUCUCAGCUAUUGAGGAACUAAAAACAAUGGAACGACAAGACCCUCGAGACUCGUCCUCUGUAGCUGGAACUCUGCAAAUGUCCCGACAGGAAGCUCAAAGCCCAUGUGAAGUUUCAAGCUCAAAUGAUGGUGAAGAUUGUAAAGCUGGUAAUCCAACUCAGGACCAUCUCCAGACAUCUGCACGUUGCAACAAAAUGGAUCCAGAUCAUGUUCCAAGCAGCGAAACUAAAGAUGCUUCUGAAACUGUUAAACAGGAUCCAUUUAUGCCAGCUAUUGAUGCUCAGCCUCAAAGUCUCAUGGGUAGUUCCAGAGUGAAAGUGGACUCCAUUUUACCUCCAGAAAGAAUACUUUCAAAGAGUCUGUCACCAUCACAAGAUGCACCACAAGCUGGUAAUUGUCGACCAAAAGUCAAAAUCUGCAAGCCCCAGACAAGAGUAGAGCCGCUUCAAAUAAGAAGGACUGGACUGAGCCACAAAGUGAGAGAAGCUCCAAUGCAUGACAGACCACCUAAAGGACAUGAUGAAUUACCAGCACCCAUAACUUGCUUUGGGAGAAAAGCUCCAGGCUGCAGUAAUUUGGUCCUUUUCUUGCAUGCAAGACAAGUGGACAUUAAACAGGUUAUUGGUAUGGAGUUUUUGUGGGAGUGCAGAGGGAUUUGUCUGGACACUUUCUAUCUGUGUGAAAGCUGUGAGGAAACCGUCCCAAACGGUGACAUCUGUCUACAUAUGACCAGUCACAAUCACCAACUCAAAUACAUGUGGAAAAGGCACCCCGAGUUUCUGAAGAUAUUCUGGCAGGAGGAAGACUUGCCUCAAUCCUUGAAAAUCUACAUUUUGCGAGAAGUUAUCAGGAGGCUGGCAGAACGUGACCGUUUCCAAAAAAUCGACGCAAAGUGCGUAAUACUUAAACAAAAAUUGCAUCAGUUUGUCAGGAUGGCUCAAUUCAGUGAAGGUAACAUCUUUCUUUAAGCUUACAAACGGGUUGUAUACCACAGUUUGUAUAAUUUUUAAAAAAUAUAUAUUUUUUAAGCUUUAAAAAUUGUGCAGAACAUCCUUAAUGAAGAAGAGAAAUCAACCGUCCAUCUGCUGUGCAGUGCUGCAUGCCAGCGGAGUAAGUCUGUAGUUUUUAUUUUUAUUCUCUUCAGGCUAGCACCCCUUGUUGCUAGCCUGGUCAUUUCAUCUCUUCAUUUCAAAUUAUUGUAUGUGUGAAUGUCUGGAAUCUGACUUCUGCAUUAGCAAGUGGAGGGGGACUUCUUUCAACUUUCAAAGAUGACUUCGUUAAAAAAAAAAAAAUCUUGUUUCUCAAAGCAAGAGCCAUGCAUGACCUUCAGGGCUGCUUUUGAGUCUGUCGUACAAAACAGUUUCAUGAAUGUUAAUACUGUCUUCUUGUUUAAGACAUGUAAGAGGAAGAAAGUAAAAUUGAACAUGCAAACUUCUGAUUGCAAUACAACUUCUCUACCCACCUCAAAUUGAAGAUUUAUCACAACAUCAGUCUGGCAAGUUUGUUCUGGCUUUGUGAUUGAGUUCAGUUAAGAUUCCUGGUUGGACAAAGUUUAAAAUAAAAGAUACUUUCUUCCUGUGACAGCCAAAGUUUAAAAGGUUAGUCUCAGAGCAGUAAUAUCCAUCCUUUACACUAUCCUUUUUAUUUUUACCUGCUAAAUAAAAAUAAACAAAACACACUAUUUUAAUGUGCAGAGCCGUCACAUUUCUGUAGACGAGAUGUGU